ACAAAAUGGCGGAAAGCGUAAGAAUCUCAGAGAACCCUGCAACUGGAGAUCUUUCUUCCUCAAACAAUGGGCAGAUCACAGUAAAUCAAGUCAAAUUCGUCGGAAUAGAAUAUCCAGGUUUUAUAAAAGAUGAAAAUCACAUGCUUGAAACCCUAGGAGGUGAGGAAGCAGUGUCAAGGACUUACUCAAUUCCUACGCGACGAUUAGAAUUGUCAUUUCGUCCUGAAGAUCCUUACGCUCAUUCAUUGUGUGGUGAUCGGUAUGCUACUGCAAACUUACUACUGAGAGUGAAACGGCGAAAGAAAAAGCAACAACGAGGAAACGGUGAGACGGAAGUAGUGAAAUAUGAACAGGAGAUAUUGGGGAUAGUUGGAAAUUCAUUCAAGUUUGAAGUUAUGGCUGAUUUUCAAUACCUUGUUCCUGACUUGCCUGAUGUCUUGAAACAAGUCACUGAUGGAGCUGUAUUAAAUCAAGAUGUCCCUUAUCAUUUACAACCUCCAGUGUUUACAAGGUUUGAUCAUCCAAUAAACUACAACUACAAUGCCGAGUCUGCACCACGAGGCAAUAAAACUGAUCAAGGAAAUGAAAAGGAUGAAGAAAGCUUGGUUGGAACAAGAGCGAGAAGUAGAAGACCAGUUUAUGCAAUUGCCAUCAAUUUUAAUACCCAUGAAGUUCCCACUGCUGCAAAUCCUAAAGCAGAAGAAAUUGCAAAUCGGCCAAAAGAUGGUCUUGUGGAUGUCACAAAGAAACUGUUUGCCAACAGGCCUAUUUGGUCCCGCUCAGCAUUACAAUGCCACAUAACAAGUGCAUCACAAGAAAGACUAAAACAACUGCUGGCCUGCACAGCUUAUUAUUGGCUUAAUGGACCAUGGAGGACUUUGUGGACGCGAAUUGGAUAUGAUCCACGGAAAGACCCCAGUGCCAAAAUUUAUCAGAUGCUUGACUUCCGUGUUGGUAGCAGGAAAGGGGCUAAAAAUCUUCCAAUCAAAGCAAAGAGAAGUUUAAGCAAAUAUGUUCUUCCAAAUUUGGUCAGAAGAACUAACAGCGUGCAGGGAACUUUGGCUAAAGAAGUUGUUAUGGUGGACAGUGAGAAAAAAGCAGAGGAGAAGCAAAAUCAAGAACCAGAUUUACCAUAUGUCUUUACUCCUAACAAAAUGCCGAUACAGAAACAGCUGUUUUAUCAAGUAUGUGACCUUCAUGACCCAGAGAUUCAAAGACUCCUCAGCAGAAAUGAUGGCCAGGAAGAGGAGUGUCACGAGCGUGAUGGUUGGUGUUUACCAGGCACAAGUGAUCAGAUCAGAUCCAUUCUUUACCAACGGACUACUGAACUAGCUGAGAGACUUAAACAGGAACAGCUGGGGGACGGAACGGAGGCAUCGGCUUCUCAAUUAGAACUCAUAGGAGAGGAGUGGGCAGGACACGAAGGCGUUCAAAACUACUUGCAAAUGCUUGAACAGGACGAUGAUAUUGAGGCGUACGAUAUUUUUGAUGACUAUGGUGAAGGAGACGAUUAAAUGAGAUACGUGACCGUUUAUCAUCUAGAGCAAUCGGAGUUCACUAUAAUCGAUCGGUGUCAUUCUUCUCUAUCCUUGGCCCAUCCUUGGCCAAUCCUUAAAACUUUUUAGUUUACCUUCCUUUUCGGUGUUUUUGUGUAAAACUACUAAUGUAAGGUUUCGUUCUGAUUAAGAACAAUACUCAGCGCCAGAGGCAACAACCCAAAAAUUUGUGUUGUAUCUUUCUUUGUGUUCGAUUUUUAAAACCUAACCUGUGCCAGGCAUUCAGUUAGCAAAACGGAACACGAUGCUAAACGGCGUAAAAGUAACGGAAGGGCGAAAAACGAGAGAGGGUUGAGUCGAGUCGAGAAAAUAACGCGUUUUUUACUGUCGCGCUGGUUACUAUCGCACCUUGUUUUAUUAAGGACCUGUUUACAUGGAGGUGGGGGACACC